GUGGCCCUCCUGGACGGCAUCAACGGGGCCUUUCCAUGGAUGUUCAUCAACUGCUGCCGGCAUACCCACCAACAGAUGUUGUGCAACUGCUGCAUGGUAGCGGUUGGCAUCCUAGAAUGCCUUCGCCAAAUUCAGCAUGUCGUCAAGAAGGCAAGGAUUAACACCAAGAUGGCAGUGGCCAUGGCUGGUUCUAUGCCUCCUCGCCCAUUUUAAGUUCCAGCUCGUCAGAGCACAAUCAGCCGUCCAGACACUCUUCGUCCUCGACUCGGACACCAUUGCCUCCUUUAACGUACCUCCCGAGUCGGACGACAUCAACUUCUACGUAUUGACCCCGGACUGGUACCAGUACACGGCCAUUGGGUUCGGAGCUACCAUGUCAGAUUCGUUGAUGCUGGUCAUGUACCCGUCCGCGGACCGCAAAAGUGUGACUGUGAGUCCGCGCAAGGCUAGGGGCAACACUGAGCCUGUCUACUCCCCUGACACGCAGCUCGUCAUCCACGACACGAGCAUCGACGAAGAGAACUCCAACAUGGUGGUCAACGCCACCUGCCGCCGCUGCCUGCCCUAUGCCACAGCCAAUUCCGCUUCCGGAGUCGAACGGACGGCCAGCAUGAUGUUCGCCGUCGGGCCUGAGCUUGCCCUCAACACUGAUGACCUCGACGCCCGGAUACGGCGGCAUGUCGCCUAUGGCAACUUUGAAAUCGACCUCCGCAAGGCCACAGGCGAAGGGGGCAUCGGCGAGGGCAUCUCCGGUGGCAACUCGAGUGACGCGGUCCUGUCCGGCGAGCGCGGGCUGGUCCAGGACAGCAACAAGGCCGCAACGGCCCACGGCAUCCUGUACGCCCUGGUGGCGCUCGCCGUCGCCCCGUUCGACUCGCUGGUCGCGGGAGCCCUCAGAACCAGGUGGGCCUGGGUCCACGGUCUCACGGCGACCGUGUAUUUUGCGUUUGUCAUCGGCGCCUUGGUGCCGGGCGUCAUGGUUAGCCGAGAGCACGUCGCGACCCAGCGGUUCCGCACCGGCCACCAGGUCCUCGGGCUGCUCGCCGUUGUUGCGCUGACCAUCAUGUUCGUCUGGGGCAUUGCCCUCUCGUGGAUCAAGCAUUCUGCCAACAAGCGCGGCCAGGAGCCGCCCGAGAACACACACCUGUUGGGCAUGAUCCAUCGGUGGACGUGCAGAACGAUAUGGGUGCUCUUCUUGGUCAAUGUUGGACUGGGUCUGAAGCUGUCCGAGCACAAGACGGUGCUGAUCUUUGGCUACAUGGCGGUGGCUCUAGCUGUGUUGGUCGUCUUGAUUCCCAUCUAUUUCUGUCUCUGGAAAUGCUCGAAGAGGGGAAGAGAGAAAGAAGGUUCAAUCGAGAUGCCCACCAUCUACGACCACAACUCCAACUAUCUUGGAGUACAUCACAGGAAUUGAUGGAAUUUUAAGGGUUCUAGUCGUAGGCGCU